ACUAAAACUCUCAAUCAUUAAUAGGUCAUAGUAGAAACAGUAGUGUUUCUUAUUUUUAUUGUUACUUUUGGAAAAUGUGGAAAUAUUUGGCUCUGUUGGUGCAUAUAUUGCUGCUCGGAUAUAUUUCGUUGAUCUAUUUCCAAAGCUCGGUUAUCAAUGGCAUGGAACCACAGAGUGGACAUCGUUCCUUAGGCUUGCAACCGCCAGCAGAUCGUCUGGUUGUAUUUCUCAUCGAUGGCUUGCGUGCUGAAUCAUUGUACAGGAACAAAUGGAACGUCCUACCCAAUUUGAAACAUCUAUUUAUGGACCAUGGCCUCAUUGGUAUAUCGCAUGGAAGUGCUCCAACCGAAAGUCGUCCCGGGCACAUAUCCAUAUUUGGUGGCUUUCAGGAGGACGCUGCAGCAGCCUUGCGCAACUUUAAAAGAAAUCCUUCCGUUUUUGAUACGAUAUUUAAUCGCACGAUGGGCGGCUCGUGGGCCUGGGGCUCCAAGUCUGUGUUGAAAUUUUUAAAACAUUUGCCAAACCAUGAAAUGUAUUUGGAUAUGCAUACCGAAUCGGAGCUCACGGGAAACAAGUUUACACAUAAGUUGUUGUACAAUAAAGUACGUAAGUUUUUGGCUGGAUCAUUUGAUAAUGCGACCCUGCCGUCGGUGUUUCUCGUGGAUUUUGAUAGUCUCGUUGGAAAUGGGGCUGUACUCAAGCCGAACAGCGAUGAGUUUUUCAAGGCUCUCAACAGUACUGAGACUGUCAUUAAUCAGCUAUAUAAUUUGUUUGAAAAAUAUUUCGGGGAUCAGCGAACGGUGUAUCUUCUGACAUCCGAUCAUGGAAUGACCGAUAUGGGUGAUCACGGCGAAGACAGUUUAUUUGAGAUUGAGAUGCCAUUCAUAUUUUGGGGCGCAGGUAUCGAGCGACUGGAGUCUCCCUUUAAAGAUAUCUACGCGGCGAAAACGAAUGGAACUCCAAUGCAAUUCCAAGAGCUUAAGCAGGAACAGCUCGCACCUUUGAUGUCCGCUUUGAUUGGACUGCCACCGCCACUGAAUAAUCGGGCCUCGCUGGUCAUGGGCAUGAUGAAUGUCAGCCGAACAUAUGAGGCUCACUCAAUGUAUCUGAAUGCACGCCAGAUAUUGGCUCAAGUUGAAAAAGUAUUCGAUAAGCAAGAGCGCAGCUACAUCUGGAAAUGGAUGCCCCAAUUUGAGCGCCUGAAUAGACACCGCAUAGCGCACUUUCAUGAGAAGAUCCUCACCCAGAUACAGAGCGGCUGUCUCAAUGAGGCAAUACUGUGUAGCCAGAGGAUAAUACAUUCGGCAUUGGAAUGCCUAGAGUACUACAAACUAUACUAUCGCAUACCACUGGUGGUGGCCUGCAUGCUAACCUAUCUGGGCUGGUUCUACUAUCUUUUGGCGAAGCAGGGACGUGCCGAGCAUGCGCCCACACGGGGCUGGUUCACUAUUGCAAAUCUGAUCCUCUUGCUGAUUGAGCUGCUCGUGGCUCUGACGUGCUUUUUGCAUAGCAUCCCAUGCAGUACCAGUUUCUAUCUACUAGUGCCAGUGCCCAUGUGGGCAUUGGCUCUGCGGGAGCAGGGCUUGCAGUACAGCUGCAUGCGUGCUCCGCUCAUUCAGCUGGCCUGGAUCGGCGCUGCCGUAGUACUUUUCAUUGCAACAUACUUCUUCAAGCCGCUCAUCGCUUUGGGCUAUCUGAUCGUGGUUUGUGCAAACAAUGGACACGCCUUUACUCGAGCUCCUAGGCUACGAUUUUGGCUGUGGGUCGCGGUGGUUGCCCUGUUGACCGGAUUCACUGUGAAGCGCCCCGAUUUUGGAUGCAACACAAUAGUAUUGGUAUUCCUGAGCAUGCUCGUGACCAUACUGCGUCCACUGCUGAUGAACGAGCGACAUGCCUGCAGAGUCUGGCUGAGCAAUGGCACUGCCUUGCUCUUGGGCGUCUAUUUACUCUAUGAGCGCCUUUCCAAGAUUGAGAUCAACUGUGUGCUGCAGGGCGCCGCCUGGUUCUAUGUAUUUUACGCAUUCAUCUCUAUACCCUACAGCAAUACGAAGACACCGCGUCGUCGUGUUCAGCUGAUACUCUUCAACUUGAGCACUGUAUACACAUUGUUAAGCGUUAGCUAUGAGUCGAUAUUUAUGCAAUUGCUCUGCACCGAGUUUCUGCUGGGCAUGCAGGUGGACACGGAAAAAAAGAAUUUGACAGAUUCAGAAGACAGCGAGGGCGUUGAGGACGAGGUGCAACCCAACAAAUCCCUAUCCUCGGAGGAACACGUCAACAAAAUCUAUCGCUAUGCUGUGCUCAUACUUGUCUACGCCUAUUUCUCGAUGAUUGGCACCGGAAAUCUGCUCAACAUCAGUGCAUUUGAUACGAGCUUUGCCCACAUCUUUGUUUCGGACUGCUCGACGGUUUUAAUUUUGUUGCUCUACACGCUGAAGGUGAUGAUACCUCUAAUUAUUAUCAUAAGCAGCUUGUACGCCUUCCGCGCCUAUGCCCGCUACAAUUUGCGCGGCAUUUUUAUCUGCUUGUUCCUGAUCUGUGAUGUAUUGUGUCUGUACUUUUUCUUCUUUGUGCGCAACAGUGGUUCCUGGCGCAAUGUGCGCGAAUCAGUGUCCCAGCAGCUGAUCGCCCAUGGAGUACCCAUGCUAUUGGCCGCAUUCUCGUUUAUACCAAAUCUACUCCUGAGCGCCGUACCGCUGACGAUGCUGCCCAUGCUGAACUGGAAGAAGGACGUAAAGAUGACACAACUGGGUCAAAGUCAGGUUUAAAAAUCUGUCUCAGUUCCAUUUUGAAUGUUCCGAAAAUUUAAGUGUUUAUGAAUUGAAUAAAGGUUCAAUUGGAUUAUCAUACUUUUCCAUUUGAAAC